CUUCGGCACCGACCCGUUACUCUCUUGAUCUGUUUCUUCUCUUUGGCUCGUCCGGCUAUCCAUCCAAGAUGGCGGCGCUUGUGGGUCUGCGCGCAUGUUUCUCCGCCCUUCAGCUUACUUCGCCAAGCCUCGUGCACAGCUCCUUCAAAUUGUGUGCUGUGCCCCUGAGUCGGCGGACCUUUGCUGCAGAGGCUAAGAAGACAUACAGCAGAGAAAAGCCCCAUGUGAAUAUUGGAACAAUUGGCCAUGUUGAUCACGGCAAGACCACCCUGACUGCAGCCAUCACGAAAGUGCUCUCUGAUGCUGGUGGUGCAAACUUUAAAAAGUAUGAGGACAUUGACAAUGCCCCUGAGGAGAAGGCAAGAGGAAUCACCAUCAACGCCUCUCAUGUAGAAUACACCACAGCCAACAGACAUUAUGCUCACACAGACUGUCCUGGUCACGCCGACUACGUCAAGAACAUGAUUACAGGCACAGCUCAGAUGGACGGCUGCAUCCUGGUGGUGGCGGCCACUGACGGCCAGAUGCCUCAGACGCGAGAGCACCUCCUGUUGGCCAGGCAGAUCGGUGUCGAGCAUGUGGUGGUUUUCAUCAACAAGGCCGACGCUGUGGAGGACAAGGAGAUGGUGGAGCUGGUGGAGAUCGAGAUCCGCGAGUUGCUCACGGAGUUCGGCUACGAUGGCGAGAACACACCCAUUGUAAUAGGCUCAGCUCUCUGCGCCCUGGAGAGCAGAGAGCCUGAUCUUGGUGUGAAUGCAGUGAUGAAACUGCUGGAGAUUGUGGAUUCUUACGUUCCUCUGCCCAAAAGAGAGCUGGAUAAACCUUUCCUUCUGCCCAUUGAAGGGGUUUAUUCCAUCCCAGGUAGGGGUACGGUGGUCUCGGGCACUAUGGAGAGGGGUAUCAUCAAGAAAGGAGACGACGCUGAAUUUGUGGGCUUCAGUCGCUGCUUCAAGUCAGUGGUUACAGGUAUCGAGAUGUUCCACAAGUCUCUGGACCGGGCCGAGGCAGGAGAUAACCUGGGCGCUCUGGUCCGAGGACUGAAGAGAGAGGAUGUGAGGAGAGGGAUGGUGAUGUGCAAACCUGGAUCCAUCAUGCCCCACCAGAAAGUCCAGUGCCAGGUGUAUAUUCUGAGUAAGGAGGAAGGAGGCAGACACAAACCGUUUGUCACAAACUUCAUGCCUGUCAUGUUCUCUCUGACCUGGGACAUGGCCUGCAAAGUCACUCUGCCCUCUGGCAAGGAACUGGUGAUGCCAGGCGAGGACACCUCUUUGACGCUCACGCUCCGCCAGCCGAUGGUUCUAGAAAAAGGCCAGAGGUUCACUCUGAGAGACGGAAACAAAACCAUUGGCACCGGUCUGGUCACGGACAUCCUGACCACUACAGCUGAAGACCAGUGGUGGAGCUGAACAGAAAUUUUGCAGGGGGGGUCAGGGAGGGAAGAUGGGACCCUUGUCUGUGUCUGGUCAAAUCAAAUAAUGAUAGAAAUAUUCAAAUACAGUUCAUAAACCCAUGCACAAACGUAAGAUAGGAGAGGAUUCGAAUAAAUGCAUGGCUCUGUUGUGCAGAUCCACCCAACCAAAAUAUUUGUCGAUGUUAAACACUGUCUCUGCGUUAAAAAGGCCAGACUGUCGAAAUUAUGUCAUUUAUGUAAUAAAAUGUAUUUAAUAUAA